AUGUCCCGCACUGACGUCAAUGGAGCUCCCGGAGCGCUCUAUAUAAAGACCCCGCCAGCGGCUCCCGCAUCCUUCUUCCCGGUUCGGCCCCCCGAGAGCCCCAGCAUGAGGCUGCCCGCCCUGGUGGCCUCGCUCCUGCUGCUCCCCCAGCUGUGCCGAGGAGUCCCGCCAGUGCCGGACCACCGCGACCUGGGGCUGAUGCUGCUGCUGCCUCCGCCAGGAAAGGACGGCGCUGCCCCCUGGCCGUGGCCUGCUGCUGGCCCCGACGUGGCGGCCCUGCCGGUGCGCGCCGAGCGCCACCGCGUGGCUCCGGACGGGGAGCUGCGCCGCCGCCUGAAGCGCCAUGAGCCGCCGCUCUCCAUCGACCUCACCUUCCACCUGCUGCGCCGCCUGAUGGAGAGCGCCCGGAGGGAGAGCCUAGCGGCCCAGGCGGAGGAGAACCGCCGCCUCCUGGAGUCGGUGGGCAAGUGA